GAAACUGCUUAGGCUUGACGCUCUUUCCCCCCAGACUCGAAUGACAGGCACUGUUUAAUGUUUACUGAGCCUCCUGGCUUUGCACACUUCUAGUACCAAGUUCCUGCUUGGCUUUACACCUUCGUGCGCAGUGGUACUGAGUUAAGUCAGUUUCGUGACUCCUGAGGCUACUUGGAACGGUUUUUGACGACGUCAUUACUGUGCCUUGUAAUCUUAUAUGGUGUGCUGAUACGGUCAUUUGGGGGCUAGUAAAUAGAAGAAGCACUUACUAUCAGGGAAUCUGAGUACUCUAGGUGAAAGGUAAUCUAUUUCCCAGGGCAUUAGGCAGUUUGUACAUGUUAUUAAGUAGUAAGUAAAGGCAAUUGAAAUGAUACAUUCUUGCACACCCCACUUCCACCAUGCAGGCCUCUUUGGGCCCAAGUGGGCCUCCAGCCUAGAGCCUAGGCAUUUGCUAAUUCCGCCAUCCUCAAAGCCCACUUUCCUCGCCCACCCAAUGUGUAUGGCACCCACCUUCAUUCAAGCCUCAAUUGCCUUCACUUUAGAGAGGUGGCUUCCUCAUUUAAAAUAGCCACUGCUGGCUGUCUCUCCAGCCUCUUACCCUGUUGUUCUCUUUGGCUCUGUAGCACUUACCACUGUCUGAUAUUAUGUAUUUGUAUGUGUAUGCUCUGUCUCCCUUAUAUUCAGAGCGUAUUUUGUACUGAAUUCUCAAUGUGAAUUCACUCAUUCAUUCGACAAAUAUUGAGUGACUACCUUGCAUCAGGUCCUGUCCAGGUGUUUGGGAUAUGUACGUGAACAAAAUAGACAAAGAUCUCUUCCCUCUGGAGCUUAUGUUCUAGAGAAGAAUGAUUGACAAUAAACAUAUUUGAUUAUCGUGUUAGAAAAUUGUGCUAUGAAAAAUGAAAAAAGAGAGCAGGGAAAGAGGCCUGAGAGUACAGGUGUGGGUUGCAAUUUUAUAGAGGAUGGUUAUGGUGGAUGCUUUUCUUUAUUUGAAACUGGGUUGAAGAUUCACCAGUAUGAUGUCAUGCUUUAAGGUAUUAAAUUAUUGCUCUUAGAGAUUUCUGAAUGAACCAGGCAAGACUUAGACAAAGAGGCUGAUAGUAAGAUGUGUUUUCCUUUGGGUCCUUUACUUCAGAAGAGUACAAACACUGUGUUUGAAUAUCAAAAACUAUUAAUCUGGAGCUAUAAAUUUAGGGUACUUAUGGGGUUUGUCUGUCUUUAGGAGUUUGUCAUGUUUAAUUUUGGUUUUAUCACUUGGUUAAAGUGAAAUUACAAUGCCCCUAAGAUACCACUACUUUUGAAGUUUACUGGAGUUGUAUUGGUAUAAAUCAAAAUAGACCAGACGAGAGAUUUGAGACCAGGAGUGGAAUUAUCAGGGUUGCAGAAUGACAUCAAAGAUUCCCGUUUGGGGCUGCAUGGGGAUAUUUACUUCAAAGGAGCAGAUAGCUUGCCUUUCUGAAAGGGAUAUUUAUAGUGUCCUUCAGUGGAAGGCAGAUAUCCUUCUCACUUUCAUUAUCCAGAAGGAAUAUGUGUCUAGUUCACAUGGUGAUCCCAUCUUAACAAUAUGAGAGGAAACUUAAGGGAUAGUAGGGUUUUUUCCUAGCAUUUAUCUGACAAUGAAGCAUGUGUCUUAUGUGUCUUCAGCCUUGCUAAUCUAACCUGAGCUAUUAUCUAUUAUGUAUAUCUCUCCAUGGAAGACGUUUUGAGCUAACAAGUACCAGUGGAUAACAGAUAUCACAUUAACUUUAUCCUAGAAGACAACUUUACAAGGAUCUAGACAGAACAGGAUUAAAGAUGACUGAAUACUGAGCUCCAGAAAUUUAAAACAAUCAGCUUAGCAAAUCAUACACUCUUCAGUGGAGCUGAGAACUGAUAAGUCUGCUGUUCACAGAUUUGGAACUUUCCAAUCCCAGGGAAAAUUUGACCAAGGGACUGCACAGGACUGAGUCCGUAUGGAAGAAGAGCUUUCCCUUUCCUAUGGAGAAAGUGGCAAGCCAGUACAGGCUACUCUGUCAUCUUUGAAGAUGUUAGAUGUGGGAAAGUGGCCAAUUUUCUCCCUUUGUUCUGAGGAAGAACUGCAGUUAAUUCGUCAGGCCUGUGUCUUUGGCAGCGCUGGCAAUGAAGUUUUAUAUACUACAGUAAAUGAUGAGAUUUUUGUGCUUGGCACAAACUGCUGUGGCUGUUUGGGAUUAGGUGACGUCCAGAGCACCAUUGAACCUCGGAGACUGGAUUCUUUAAGUGGCAAAAAAAUAGCCUGCCUCAGCUAUGGGAGUGGCCCCCAUAUUGUCCUUGCCACAACAGAAGGAGAAGUCUUUACCUGGGGUCAUAAUGCUUACAGCCAGCUGGGCAAUGGGACAACUAAUCAUGGUUUAAUGCCCUGUCAUAUUUCUACUAAUUUGUCAAACAAACAAGUCACUGAAGUUGCCUGUGGGUCUUACCAUUCUUUGGUGCUAACAUCUGAUGGAGAGGUAUUUGCCUGGGGUUAUAAUAACUCCGGGCAGGUAGGAUCUGGAUCAACAGCCAAUCAGCCAAUCCCUCGAAGAGUCACAGGCUGCUUACAGAAUAAAGUAGUUGUGAACAUAGCAUGUGGGCAGAUGUGUUCAAUGGCAGUGGUGAACACUGGCGAGGUCUAUGUCUGGGGUUACAAUGGAAAUGGGCAGCUUGGACUUGGCAGUAGUGGCAACCAGCCAACCCCCUGUAGAAUAUCGGCUUUGCAAGGCAUUCGUGUCCAGCGGGUUGCCUGUGGCUAUGCGCACACAUUAGUGUUAACAGAUGAAGGCCAAGUGUAUGCUUGGGGUGCAAAUUCUUACGGCCAGUUGGGCACUGGCAAUAAAAGUAACCAGUCCUAUCCUGCACCUGUCGUUGUGGAAAAGGACAGCAGCUGCUGCCGUCAGCCAAGCCCGUGCCCCACCCCUGACUUCCCGUGUGCCGCUAGGUGUUCCAGAAUUAUAGAGAUUGCGGCCUGCCACUCGGCCCACACUUCGGCUGCCAAGACCCAGGGCGGGCACGUGUACAUGUGGGGCCAGUGCCGGGGCCAGUCCGUGAUCCUGCCUCACCUCACGCACUUCUCCUGCACCGACGACGUGUUCGCCUGCUUCGCCACUCCUGCUGUCUCUUGGCGCCUCCUGUCCGUGGAACCUGAUGACCACCUGACAGUGGCAGAGUCGCUCAAGAGGGAAUUUGACAACCCCAGUACAGCAGACCUGAAAUUCCUGGUGGACGGAAAGUACAUUUAUGCACAUAAAGUCCUUCUCAAAAUUAGGUGUGAGCAUUUUCGUUCUUCAUUGGAAGACAACGAGGAUGAUAUUGUAGAAAUGAGUGAGUUUUCGUAUCCUGUUUACCGAGCCUUCCUGGAAUACCUGUAUACAGACAGCAUCAGCCUUUCCCCCGAGGAGGCAGUAGGAUUGCUGGAUUUGGCUACCUUUUAUAGAGAAAAUCGUUUGAAAAAGCUCUGCCAACAAACUAUCAAGCAAGGAAUCUGUGAGGAGAAUGCCAUUGCCCUGCUUUCAGCUGCUGUGAAGUAUGAUGCUCAGGAUUUAGAAGAAUUCUGCUUCAGGUUUUGCAUAAAUCAUUUGACGGUAGUAACACAAACUUCAGGCUUUGCAGAAAUGGACCAUGAUCUUCUGAAGAACUUUAUCAGCAAAGCUAGCAGAGUUGGAGCCUUUAAAAAUUGAUCCUCAUCUGCAAGAAAGAAUUUUUGGUAUUUCCAUUUUCCCUGCAAAAGCCAGAGAAUGACUUUUCCUUAAUUGGCUGAAUACUUACGUUCUGUCAAAAGAAGGUGGUGGUCAGUCUGCCCUGUGCUGAAGUCUGAAGUUUACUGUACAAGGCAUUCCGUGCUCUGAUCAGAUGUGACUGAGGUCAAGGGAAAAGAAAUUAAAAUGUCUUAUUUACCAUUUCCUCUUUCAUGUCCCUUAAGUUGGGCAUUUUUGGUACAUUGGUCUAAGUAUAUGCUAUCCUGGCCAAAUUUCUCUUCUUAACAGGCUGAUAUCACAUAGAGAGCUGGACAGUACAUUGUCAGCAUCCAGAACGGUGCCUUGCAUACAUAGGCACUCAAUUCAUUUAUUACAAAUCUUACGUAUGCCCUGAAAACAGCUUUAUUUGUGGAAUACCGGAUGAAGGUAUAACAAAUUGCACAAAAACAAAUUUGAGACAGCCCAUCACUAUUGAGGUUCAUAUUCUUCUGGUACCUGGUUCUAAGUAAUAGUGGCUAACUUAGAGCAUUAAUUAGAAUUCACAAACAGCCUUGACAAUUUAAUUGUCGAAGUCCCAAGGGCUAAUUUUAAUUUUCUAUUUACUCUGAGUCAUUAAUUUCUCAUACGGGAUUACUGAAUAUGAAGUACUGUCUUUGAAUGAAUGUUAUUUCUGGGCUCAUCUGCCUUACAUAAUUGCAUAAUGUCUUUUCUUUUUGUGUUGAGAGAUUUGCCUGUGUAUGUAAAGAUGAUUAUGUGUUUUUCUUGUAGUGGAGUUUUAUGUCACUAUAAAACAGUUCUCUUAACCUGGCACAGAAUAAUUAUAAAGUACUAGCUGAAAAGGAACUCAUACUUACAUUUCAUGGACAGCAUUAAGAAGAAUGAGAUAAAUUUAUACUUUUUCGGUCAAAACAAGUUACCCAACUGCAAAAGAAAAACUGGAACGGGAUGUAGGAUGUAGUGUCAGAUUCCUCUAACAUGGGUUUCACAAUGUGGUAUGUAUUUCACAAUAUGAUAUUAUGUAAAGAAAACUCUUUUGGAAUUAAAAACCUUGUUCUGAUGCUGAA